AGAGGUUCUAUAUGCGGCCAUUGAUAGUCACAUGACCACCGCUCAACAGUACGUAGUCAGCGAGGCAAAGAGACGAGCGAAGAAGGAAGUGCAAAAAUCCGCCGCCGGUGUUUCCUACAAGACGUUCACUCUCAGUGGUGACAAGGGAAAGAAGCCACAAGAGGCUAAAGCCGAGAAGAAGAAGAAGCAAGAAAAAUCCGUCCCUAAACAGCUCUCUGUCAGAAGGAAGGUUGCCACUGACAAACCAGACAGUGCAGCACUCGGUCGCGAAUCUAAAAAAUUGACUACAUCAUCGUCUGUCGGUCAGCUUAGAGAACAAUGGCCAGACGCGGAGACCGAAUCGAAUACAGCGCCGGUGGUGCGAGCCGUGUCAGAUUUCACUGGUCAGAUGCCAUGCGACCUGUCCUUCCUUAGAGGCGAUCUCAUUAACCUUCUCACGCAGACCCAGUACGACUUCGACUGGUGGGAAGGAGAGCUGCAUGGCAGGAUCGGGAUCUUUCCCGCUAACUACGUCAAACCGUUGUGAAAUUUUGACCGUCAUACGUUAA